GGGCGCUAGGGCCGCAGCCCGCAUCUGCCACCGCAGUCUGGCUGUAGUCGAGCGCUCUCCUGUACUCAGGCGAGACCCAUAGAAGCCGGGGAGGGGACCAGGCCGGCUCCGCGGUUCCAGCCGCCGCUUGCGCACAAAGGCGCGGACCCCGGGCCCGGGGCGAGAAGAGCGGCCACCGCCCGGGAGCAGCGCGGAGACGCACGGCGCGCCCUAUGCCCCCGCGCCCCCGCCGCGGCAGCCGGAGCGCCCCGAGAGAACGCGCCGCCGCGGGGCCCGGGUGCAGCUAGCGACCCUCGCCCGCAGCGCGCAGCCCGAGGUGAGCAGUGAGCGGCGAGCGAGACGGCAGCGAGGCGUUCGCGGGGCCCCUCCUGCUGCCCGGGCCCGGCCCGCUCAUGGCGGCCAUCCGCAAGAAGCUGGUGGUGGUGGGCGACGGCGCGUGCGGCAAGACGUGCCUGCUGAUCGUGUUCAGUAAGGACGAGUUCCCCGAGGUGUACGUGCCCACCGUCUUCGAGAACUAUGUGGCCGACAUCGAGGUGGACGGCAAGCAGGUGGAGCUGGCGCUGUGGGACACGGCGGGCCAGGAGGACUACGACCGCUUGCGGCCGCUCUCCUACCCGGACACCGACGUGAUCCUCAUGUGCUUCUCCGUGGACAGCCCCGAUUCGCUGGAGAACAUCCCCGAGAAGUGGGUGCCCGAGGUGAAGCACUUCUGCCCCAACGUGCCCAUCAUCCUGGUGGCCAACAAGAAAGACCUGCGCAGCGAUGAGCACGUCCGCACGGAGCUGGCCCGCAUGAAGCAGGAACCCGUGCGCACGGAUGACGGCCGCGCCAUGGCCGUGCGCAUCCAAGCCUACGACUACCUCGAGUGCUCGGCCAAGACCAAGGAGGGCGUGCGCGAGGUCUUCGAGACGGCCACGCGCGCCGCGCUGCAGAAGCGCUACGGCUCCCAGAACGGCUGCAUCAACUGCUGCAAGGUGCUAUGAGGGCCGCGGCCGCCCUGCCUGCCCCCGCCGGCCGGCGCGGCUCCCCUUCUCGGGCCCGACCCCCUGCCCCCCCACCUCGAGCCCGAAGAAGGGGAGACCCGCGGCCCCCAAGGACCCCACCGGACUGCCUGACGUCUGCCUUUGGGCCCGGCAGCUGUGACCCGGCUCCGGCCCUGGCGCCGGGAAUCGGCGUGGGAGGCACCGGGCGCCCCCUUUCCAGUGUCUGUGUGCGUCCGGCUGUGUUGCACAGGCCCGGGCGCCUGCCGAGUGCCAAGGGUCCCCUGAGCCCCCAUUUCUGAAGAGCCAAGCCUCUUCAGAGCGUGUGGCUGUGUUUGUUCGAGUCCCCCGCCCCACUUUCACCCACCCCCGCCUCUGGUCCCCGGAGAACAGCUUGGCGCCGGGGUGCAGCCGCGCCCCAUCGGAUGUUCGCCCGGAACCCAGCGAGCGCCUGCUAUCCCUUGUCUGUAACAUAGACCGCGGGAACUGCGGGAGGGGAGGGCUGGGGAGGAUGGGGUGUUAUAUAAAUAUAGAUAUAAUUUUAUUUUCGAAGGUAGGAUGGUGUUAUUUAAUGGUGGUGGUGGGUGGAGUGACAGGGCUCCAGAAGAGCUCCGGCCCACCCUGGGUCGGGCGCCCAUCCAAGCAUGAACAGGACUUGGCCAUCUUUCCAACCCCCGGGGAAGACAUUUGCAACUGCCGCGGGGCUGAGUGGACACAGCUUCCAGACUCUCGUCUCCCGCGGGCCAGCCCCAGGCGAGCCUCUCGCCAGCCCUGGGCAGGAGGAGGGGAGAGAGUGCUUUGGGUCGUUUUUUUUGCCAUAAGCGAACUUUGUGCCUGUCAUACAAGUGGAAAUUGUUCAGUCCGAGAAACUGAUGUUAUCUGAUUUAUUUAAAAACUAAAACUUGUUGUUUUUUUUUUUUUGGAAAUAAUUCUUUGCACAAUUGUUUUAUUGUUUGACACUUAAUGCACUUGUCAUUUGCAUAAGACAGUAGCAUUCUGACCACCCUUGUACGCUGUAACCUCAUCUACUUCUGAUUUUUUUUUUUUUUAAAGAUGUUGACUUUUUAAAAAAGAGGAAAAAGAAACCACUAAUUUUUGUUUUGUUUUCUUGAAAAAGUGGCAACACUGUUUUGGGAUUUUAUUUGUGCACGGAUGCACACUAUUUUGAUAAAGGGCAGUAACAAGUAUUGGGACCUAUUUAACCCCCCCCCCCUUUUUUUCCCCUCUUCACAAGGCAGUCUCAAAAAGCUAUGUGAAAUUUUCUCUGCAUCUUUGUACAGAGAAUGAACCUGCCCCUAGUCUCUCCUUUCUCACCCUCCUCCCCACCCAGUGGUACUUCUACUAAAUUGUUGUCUUGUUUUUUUAUUUUUUAAAUAAACUGACAAAUGACAAAGUGGUGAGCUUAUGAUGUUUACAUAAAAGUUCUAUAAGCUGUGUAUACAGUUUUUUAUGUAAAAUAUUAAAAGACUAUGAUGAUGACGUUUA